AUCACCAUGGGAGAUAUUCAAGAAGGUGCUAAUUUUUUUAGACCUCCACUAUUAUGCAACCAUGAUUAUACUUUUUGGAAGUGUCGAAUGAGAGCCUUCCUCAAGUCUCUUGGUGGACAGGUUUGGAGAAGCAUAGAGGUUGGAUGGUCAGCUCCUACUAUGACAAAUGAAGAUGGAGAACUAAUUCAGAAACCUUAUGAGAGAUUCAACAAAAAAGAAAAGGAUGCUGCUGAAUCGAAUGAUCAGGCUUUGAAUGCAAUCUUCGGAGCGGUUGACAGAAACCAGUUCCGUCUUAUCUCAAACUGCAUAGACGCCAAGAGAGCUUGGGACAUUUUGCUUAUUACUCAUGAAGGCACUACAACAGUUAAGAUGGCCAAACUUCAGAUCAUGAUGUCUAGAAUUGAAAAUCUUAAGAUGGAGGAUACUGAGUCUAUCACAAACUUUCAUGGGCGAGUUAGAGAGCUGGCAAAUGAGGCUGAAAGGCUUGGUGAACCAAUUAUAGAACACAAGCUGGUGUUGAAAGUUCUACGUUCUCUUCUAGAGAAAUACUCCAUGGAUGUCAAAGCUAGACAAACACAAUCUCUAAAUACUAUCUCUCUUGACGAGCUGAUGGGGAACUUAGAAACCAUUGAGUUGGAGAUGCAAGAAGAUCUAAGACGUAAAAAGCAGCAUGUCAUCCUCGUUGAAAAAGAGAAUGACGUAGAUCCAAGGGAGAUGCUUAUAAUUGUUGAAGAAAAAUUUCAAGAGUCUCUACGGGUCAACAAGAAAAAAUUUAUGGAAAAUGAUAGCCUCAAACGUGAACUUGCUGAAUCAAAACGCAAUGUGGAACAACUCAUCAAACAGUUACAGAGAUACAAAGGUAAAGUUACAGCAGAGGAUGAUACGGAAGAUGACACAGAGGUUGACACAGUAGAAGAGCUAGCUAUUCUCCAAAGGAAGUGGGUAGAACUUGUUCAAGCCAACCAGAAAACUAUCCUGGGGAAUCAUCAGCUUGUUGCCGAGCGCAAUAGACUAAAGGAGAGUAUUUCAGAACUAGAAAAGAAGACUGAAGACUUAGAAGGGCAACAAUCAGAUCUCAAGUAUGAAUUAAAUCAACUCAAAAACUUUCACAAGUGGAUGAGAAGUGCUGGAGCAAAAACUAUUGAGGAACAAGUGAACGUUUCAAAAUUUUAUGGAGACAAUACGAGUCUCGGAUUUUCAGGUUCCGAAAGCAAUAAGACUCCACUUGACUUGUUUGUUGAUCGAAGAAAGGAAAUUGCUCAAAAAGUCCUACAAGGAAGGAAAACAGAAGCUGCUGCAUCCGCUGGAACAUCUUCUGCAAAACCUGCUGAAGCAUCUCAUGAAGCUUCUGCUGGAACAAUUUAUGCAGCACCCUAUGCAAAAAGGCAAAGAGUUGUGACACAAUAUAGUAUAAGAAGACAAAAGGACCAUUAUGCUAAACCUGAAAGGUAUUCUUAUACAAAUGUCUAUGCUAAUUAUGUUUGUUUUUGCUGUGGAAAAAGGGGACACAUUCAGAGGAAAUGCAAGAUUUUUAAAGAGCAAAGACACAUAAAAAAGAAUGUGACAAUAAGGAUGAUUUGGGUACCUAAGAAUCAGCACAAAACAGCUGAUAAUCCUUAUGUGAAGGAUGUUGCUUCUGAUCAAUGCCAUAGCGGGAGCGGGGGCAGGGGCACAAGCAUAACUCAAUCCAGCGCCGUCUCGGUUUCCGGACUUCUUCUUGAAGGUGUUUUCGGUUAUGACCUAGAGCUUCGUCAUCUUCGUGCUUGGCCCGGCGAUGUGGAUGUCGGUGAAGACGAUGAGGUCCAUGACGAGGAAGGCGUAUGGCAAGCUCUGCUCAUUGAUGAUAGAAGCGCAAUCCAUCAUGUGAAUCAUGACAAAUUUCACCCAAUUGAUGGAGGCGAGCGUGAAUCGCCUUCAAGUCCUCGUUGAAGAGCGGGGUGUGGCUGCCAUCCCGAGGGCAGAGGAUCCGGGUGAGGAUGUAGAGUAGGAGGCGCUUCUCCGGUGGGGCCGAGUGAAUCGUCGGCGCGCCGCUGUGACGGAUCAUGUUUGUGAUCCC